UUUGUUUGGGCCUUGUAUAACUGGAAUAUUGGCAAACAGUUUAAGAAAUUCCAUAAUAUUUUUAAGCACAUAGUAAAUAUUUUAUAAUGCGUGAGUGCAUAUCUAUACAUGCGGGUCAGGCGGGCGUACAAAUAGGAAAUGCAUGUUGGGAAUUAUAUUGCCUGGAACACGGAAUUCAGCCAGAUGGACAGAUGCCAUCAGAUAAAACGGUUGGCGGUGGUGACGACUCUUUUAACACCUUCUUCAGUGAAACUGGUGCCGGUAAACACGUUCCCAGGGCUGUAUUUAUAGAUCUAGAACCUACGGUAGUAGAUGAAGUUCGUACUGGUACAUACCGUCAAUUGUUUCACCCUGAGCAGCUCAUAACAGGCAAGGAGGAUGCUGCUAACAAUUAUGCAAGAGGACAUUACACUAUUGGGAAAGAAAUAGUAGAUCUUGUUUUAGAUAGAGUGAGAAAAUUAGCUGACCAAUGUACUGGAUUGCAAGGCUUUUUGAUUUUCCAUUCUUUUGGCGGGGGUACAGGCUCAGGAUUUGCGUCUCUACUUAUGGAAAGACUUUCUGUUGAUUAUGGUAAGAAAUCAAAGCUCGAAUUUGCCAUCUAUCCUGCACCUCAGAUUUCCACAGCAGUGGUAGAACCUUAUAAUUCCAUUUUGACAACUCACACUACUCUGGAACACUCCGACGCCGCGUUUAUGGUUGACAAUGAAGCGAUAUACGAUAUCUGUCGUCGUAAUUUGGACAUUGAGCGACCGACAUAUACUAAUUUGAAUCGCCUUAUUGGUCAAAUCGUUUCAUCAAUCACUGCUUCCCUCCGAUUUGACGGAGCUCUUAAUGUGGAUUUAACUGAAUUCCAAACCAACUUAGUUCCCUAUCCACGUAUUCAUUUCCCUUUGGUAACUUAUGCUCCCGUAAUUUCCGCUGAAAAAGCUUACCAUGAGCAGCUGUCUGUAGCGGAAAUCACCAAUGCUUGUUUCGAACCAGCUAACCAAAUGGUAAAAUGUGAUCCCAGACACGGUAAGUACAUGGCGUGUUGUAUGCUAUACCGAGGUGAUGUAGUUCCCAAGGAUGUAAAUGCUGCAAUUGGAACUAUAAAAACAAAACGCACGAUACAAUUUGUGGAUUGGUGUCCUACUGGAUUUAAAGUAGGCAUUAACUAUCAACCACCAACUGUGGUGCCAGGGGGAGACUUAGCUAAAGUACAGCGCGCAGUAUGCAUGCUCUCAAACACCACAGCCAUCGCGGAAGCUUGGUCUCGCCUAAACCACAAGUUUGACCUAAUGUAUGCAAAACGCGCCUUCGUUCAUUGGUAUGUUGGCGAAGGGAUGGAGGAAGGAGAAUUUUCUGAAGCUCGUGAAGACUUGGCGGCACUCGAAAAAGACUAUGAAGAAGUCGGAAUGGAUUCCGGUGAAGGUGAAGGCGAAGGCGGCGAAGAAUAUUAAUUUUUCUUUGUUUUAUUUUUAGGUUC